AUGGUCCGCAACGGUCCAAUUACUGCCACUGCUCACAGGAUGAUCACCACCGUCCGUCUCAUGAUGGCCCGCGCCGCCCAAUUCCUCCGCCGUCGCACGACCGUUGCGAUCCUUCUUCGACUCGUGGCCGUUGCGCUCCCGGCGGCAUGGCUCGUGAUGGCGACAGUUCAACGCUCCGAGAAAGAGGGAGAUACGUUUCUGGAGGCCAUGCGGACCUUGUAUCAGGUGUGUCUAUAUCGAGGCAAAGAUUCCUCUCCCCCUUUCGCGCUCCGCCAUCUCACUUCCCCCGCAAUGUUCCCCUCCUCAGCCGAUCCCCCUUUGGUCCGCGGAUCCCCCGCCGCUUGUCCCCCGAACUUCCCCACUCUUUCCCCCCCAACCCCCCAACCUUCUCCCCCGAACCAGCACUGGGAGAGCGCCUAUGGGCUCCAGGCGGAGAAUACAUUCCCCCCUUCCGCCAUCUCGCUUCCCCCGGACGUUCCCCCCGCGCCCCACCUGGAGGACUGUGAGGCGCGCACAGCCUUCCGCCUGUCCACGGAGAAAUGGGGGGAGCGUGGGGAGCCGCCCUACUGGGCUGUUCCCAACCCUGCAUGCGGCAACGUGCCCCAACCCCCCUGGAUCCGAGGCUCCGAUGCUGCCAACCUGGCAGCCACCCGGCAAGCACAAGCUGACAUAUGGCGACAGCAGUUCCCACCCAGGCAGUGCAAGGGGCGGCGACUGAUGGUGGUGGAGUGGCUGAGCAUGGGGUGGCACGGGAUAGGGUCGCAGCUGCACGUGAUGGGCGCUGUGCUGAGUGCGGCCUUGCUGCACAACAGGACUCUCGUGCUCGUGCCCGGCACUCUGCCCCAGGCAGACCAUGAGGAAUGCGAGAAGCUGGGUCACCGCGGGUCGCUCGAGUGCUACUUCUUCCGAUUCUCAUCCAAGGAGUGUGAGGCGAUCGCUCUCAAGGCGCAUCAGGCCUGGAAGGCUGCUGAGGAGAGGAAGCAGCAGGCUGCUGCCGAGGAAGAAAAGAAGAGGGUAGAAAGGGAGAGGGCAGAAAAUGAGAGGGCAGAAAGGGAGAGGGCAGAAAAGGAGAGGGCAGGAAAGGAGAGGGCAGAAAAAGAGAGGGAAGAGAAGGGAGAGAAGGAGGUGGGAGAGAAGGAGGAGAGAGAGAAGGAGGAGGGAGAGAAGGAGGAGGGAGAGAAGGAGAAGGGAGACAAGGAGAGGGGAGAGAAGGAGAAGGGAGAGAAGGAGAAGGAAGCGGGAGGAGGGAAAACUGGAAAGGGUAGUGAGAGGAGGCUGCUACGCGCAGCAGAUAGCACUGGGGGCGCUGAAACGGAUGGUACUGAGAAUGCGUCUUUGAGGAGCAUAGAAAGCGUUGCUGAUGAUGGAAGUGAUGGUGCUGAUAGCACGGAUGGUGAUGAUGGGGAGGAGAGUGCGGGGGGUGUGACGAACGAGGAUGUGACAAACGAGGAUGUGAUUGUAGCGCAGCCGUGUGACAAUGUGGCGUGUGUGGCGUCUGACGCUCUUGUGAUAUUCGCAACGCUGCCGGGGUUUGGUGUGGAUCAAGGCUCGGAGGUCAUAGCACAGCUCAAUGCCACCGCAGCAGAGCUGUGGGGCAAGGCGUAUCUGAGGAGCCCUUUGCCCAACGAGGUGAUGGGGCGUAUGGGAGAGCACUCCAAUGAAUUCAAGAAGGCGCACUGGUGGCGAGCCCAAGCGACGCGCUUCAUGCUGCGGUGGCCGUCGGCCUACCUGUGCCACAUCAUCAACCGCGAGCGCCACCACGUGUACGGCAUGCACGUGGCCCGCCAGGUCGUGGCGUCCCAGAUGGACCAACGCACCCUACUGGCAGAGUAUGGGAGGAACGGGAGGGGUACUGAGGAGCGACAGCUGCUGGCCUCUCAGAUGGACCAACGAAGCCUUGUAGCAGAGUAUGGGAGGAGUGAGAGGGGUUCUGAGGAGGAGAAAGGCUCCGAACCUCGAGAGGAUGGGCCGGAGCUCCGGAGGAGGGUCGAGCCGAUUCACAGACUGGACAUUUUUCUACUCCAAGCUUCCGCGGCAAGGAGCUGGAACGAGAAUGUCGGAAUACACUGA